AUGCCCCCGACGGUCGGGGAGACUCUGCGAGCGUGGCUGCUCUCCGCCCUGGUGGUGCACGUCGCCGUCGCCGGGAACCCCGACGCGAAACGACUCUACGACGAUCUGCUCUCCAACUACAACAAGCUGGUGCGCCCGGUCGUCAAUACGUCGGACGUGCUCCGCGUCUGCAUCAAGCUCAAGCUCUCCCAGCUCAUCGACGUGAAUCUGAAGAACCAGAUCAUGACGACGAACCUCUGGGUGGAACAGAGUUGGUACGACUACAAGCUGCGCUGGGAGCCGAAGGAGUACGGCGGCGUGCACAUGCUGCACGUGCCCUCGGAUCACAUUUGGCGGCCCGACAUCGUCCUCUACAACAACGCCGACGGGAACUACGAGGUGACUCUGAUGACCAAGGCGACGGUCUACUAUUCCGGGCUGGUCGUCUGGCAGCCACCGGCCGUAUAUAAAUCGUCCUGCUCCAUCGACGUUGAGUUCUUUCCCUACGACGUACAGACCUGUGUUUUGAAGUUAGGCUCCUGGACUUAUGACGGUUUUAAGGUCGACCUGAGGCACAUGGACGAAAAGUCCGGCAGCAACGUCGUGGACGUCGGCGUCGACCUUUCCGAGUUCUACAUGUCGGUCGAGUGGGACAUCUUGGAGGUGCCCGCUGUCAGGAACGAAAAGUUUUACACGUGCUGCGACGAGCCUUAUCUGGACAUUACGUUCAACAUCACGAUGAGGCGGAAAACGCUCUUCUACACCGUGAACAUCAUCAUCCCCUGUACGGGGAUUUCGUUUCUCACGGUGCUAACGUUCUACCUUCCCAGCGACAGCGGCGAGAAGGUCACUCUGUCCAUCUCCAUCCUCAUCAGUCUGCACGUCUUCUUUCUCCUGGUCGUCGAGAUCAUCCCGCCCACGUCGCUGGUGGUGCCCCUGCUCGGGAAGUAUCUCAUAUUCGCCAUGAUACUCGUCUCCAUAAGCAUCUGCGUGACCGUGGUGGUCCUCAACGUCCACUUCCGGUCCCCGCAGACGCACCGGAUGGCCCCUUGGGUCAAGAGGGUCUUCAUCCACACCCUGCCGCCGUUGCUGUACAUGAGGAGGCUGCAGUACAAGUUCGACAUGAACCGAUUCGAGUCGGGCCGGAAUCCGACGAGACCGGUGCGUAGGAGGCAGAGGCCGUGCUAUUAUUCGUAUCAUCCUCCUAGCCAGGAAGACAGCGACGAGGACGCGAACUCGAGGAGGUUCCACGGCCGCGCGCCAUCUAAGGAGGACGCGUCGCCCUCUAGUCUUGCAGACGGCGCCAGGUUCGGGGGGAGCUGCCUGAUCCACGGGCCCACCCUGCCGCCCCUGCCGCUCGCGGCCGACUGCCCCGAGCUGGAGCCGGUCGCCGCCGAGGAGGUCAAGAGUCCCGUCCUGCGCGACCCUCCACCGGCCUUCUCGCACUCCCGCUGUCCCCCGGAGCUGCACCGGUCCUGCAUCUCCGUGCGCUUCAUCGCCGAGCACACGCAGAUGCUCGAGAACUCGACCAAGGUCAAGGAGGACUGGAAGUACGUGGCCAUGGUCCUCGACAGGCUGUUCCUCUGCAUCUUCGGGCUGGCCGUGCUGGUCGGGACCGCGGGCAUCAUCUUCCAGGCGCCGACGCUCUACGACGACCGAGUUCCUAUCGAUCAAAAGUUCAGCGAGUUCGCGACGACGACGGUGGUCAGGUGUCCUCCCCAGUAG